CCUUAGUUUGUCGCGGUGAACCCUGCCCGUCGGUCGAACCGAGCGGCGCCACCUGUAGCCUGUAGCGCACCGCGUCGCGAGUGCAACCGUCUGUGAGUGUGUGUGAGUGAGUGCAACCGUCUGUGAGUGUGUGAGAGUGUGCGCGAGUGUCCGUGGAGCCAGAGCGCCCCUUUCCCAACACCCGACGCCAUCUGGUGCCUCAGAUGGUGGGCAGUCGACCACCACCGCGCUCUUGGUGACCACGACGACCACCGCCGUCGCGGUCCGUCGGACGCAGCAGCGUGCCUAGUGCUCCGCGACCGCGAGCAACACCAUGAACUACAACAGGGACUACAGCGGCAGCUGCGACGGCUACGGCAGCCGGCGGCAGGACUUCCGCGGCCAGGGCGGCUACGGCUGGCAGCAGGACCAGCAGGGCUCCAACAACCGCGGCGGCAGCUACGGCCAGGACUACGGCCAGGACUACGGCCAGGACUAUGGCCGCCAGCGCGGCGGCGGCUACAAUGCCCAGAAGCCGGUCGAGGAGACGGAGAUGGUCGUCAAGAAGGCCGUGAACAUCGUCAAAUACCUGCCCUCGAUAUACAGCCUGAAAGUGGUUGGAGAGAAAGGAUCUGGCAUCAGAGCAAGGGGCGAAGUCCAGGACUUCCACAAGAUUCAAGCGCAGUGUUUGUCGGAAGGUGUUCUGUGGGAGGAUCCAAAUUUCCCAGCGGUAGACUCUUCUAUAUUCUACACGAGAGGACCACCAAAGCCAUUCGAAUGGAGAAGACCAGGGGAAAUUACAGGGGACCCACAGUUUAUGGUGGAUGGUGCCUCUCGGUUCGAUAUCCAGCAGGGAGAGCUUGGAGAUUGUUGGCUGCUGGCAGCUGUAGCAAAUCUUACCCUACACGAUGAUCUCUUCUUCCAAGUCGUUCCAGAUGAUCAGGGAUUUGAGGGCAAUUACUGUGGUGUAUUUCAUUUCAGGUUUUGGCAGUAUGGUAGAUGGCUGGAUGUUGUAAUAGAUGACCGUCUACCCACAGUGUACGGUGAACUAGUAUUCCUCCACUCCGCAACUAAAAAUGAAUUCUGGAGCGCACUUUUAGAAAAGGCAUACGCGAAGCUGCACGGGUCGUACGAGGCGCUCAAGGGAGGCACCACCUGCGAGGGCAUGGAGGACUUCACUGGCGGAGUGACUGAAAUGUACGAGCUGAAGGAGGCGCCCAGCAACCUGUACAAAGUGCUCCUGAAGGCCUACGAGCGCUCCUCGCUGAUGGCGUGCUCCAUCGAGCCGGACCCCUACGUGACGGAGGCGCGGACGGACUCCGGGCUGGUGAAGGGCCACGCGUACUCCAUCACGCGCGUGCAGUACGUGGACGUGCAGACCCCGAGGCGGAGCGGCAAGAUCCCCCUCAUCCGCCUGCGCAACCCCUGGGGCAACGAGGCGGAGUGGAACGGACCCUGGAGCGACCAGUCACCCGAAUGGAGGCUCAUCCCAGACCAUUCAAGAGAGGAGAUUGGGCUGACCUUUGACGACGAUGGUGAAUUUUGGAUGUCAUACGAAGACUUUUUAAAACAUUUCACUCAGUUGGAGAUGUGUAACUUGAGUCCAGAUUCCAUGGAAGAUGAUAACAUUAAGAAAUGGGAAGCCAACACAUUUGAAGGAGAAUGGGUCAGAGGUGUCACUGCUGGAGGAUGCAGGAACUACCUUGAUACGUUUUGGCACAAUCCGCAGUACAGAAUUACCUUAACAGACGUUGAUGAAGAUGAUGAUGAAAACAGAUGUACUGUAAUUGUAGCUUUAAUGCAGAAAAACCGGCGUGCUCAGCGUAAAAAAGGAAUGGAAUGCCUCACUAUAGGAUUUGCAGUAUACAAUCUGGGACAUGAUCCUGAUAGUUUACCAAAGCCAUUGGAUUAUAACUUUUUCAAGUACAAUGCUUCUUGUGCAAGAUCUCCUUCUUUCAUCAAUCUACGUGAAGUUAGUUGCAGAUUUAAGCUUCCUCCUGGAUCUUAUUGUAUUGUGCCAUCCACAUUUGAACCCAAUGAUCAGGGCGAAUUCCUUCUCCGAGUAUAUUCAGAAAAGCGUAAUAACAUGGAGGAACAUGAUGAAGAAGUUGGCAUUGGUCACCUUGAUCCUAGAGUGAAGGAUGAGGAUGAAGACACUGAGCUAGCUAAGAAGGAUGAAAAGGUUAAAGCACUGUUCCUCAAGCUGGCGGGUGAGGAUGGUGAGGUUGACUGGAUGGAGCUGAAGGAAAUCAUGGACUACACCAUGCGGAACGAGCUGCCCAGUAGACCUAGACCCCCGACCCAUCAGCAGAUUGCACCUGCGGAAGAUGACACCCUGGUUGGCCAGCUGGUUAACCUGUUGUGUGGAGUCAUUUGCAAGGAUACACCAUUUGGUGCGGCAUUUGCCUCUGGUGGCGAAGGACAUGCCGCUGACACGCGAUCAUCUGGCUUUGCUAAGGAAGUUUGCCGCAGUAUGGUUGCCAUGAUGGAUGCUGAUCACUCUGGCAAGCUGGGAUAUGAGGAGUUCAAAAUCCUUUGGACAGAUAUCAGACACUGGAGGAAAGUGUUCAAGCUUUAUAGCAAAGAGGGCCAAGGGUUCUUGAGUGCAUUUGAGCUCAGGCAAGCUCUCAAUUCGGCUGGCUAUCGCCUCAACAACCACAUCCUGAACAUCUUGUUCCACCGAUAUGGUGCUGCAGAUGGCACAAUUACAUUUGAUGACUUUAUGAUGUGUGCCAUUCGCAUGAAAACCAUGAUAGAUCUGUUCAGGGAGAGAGACCCAGAUAAUACCAAUACUGUUUCUUUCUCCCUUGAAGAAUGGAUGGAGAAGACACUCUACUCAUAGUCAGUGCUUCACUUCUGGACACAUCUCUACAUUUCUCUUGCUUUUGUACUUCAGCUCUAUUUUCUUACUUAUCAAUGUUCUCUACAUAAUGAUAUUAUUAACUUAAUGUUUUCAUUGUUUUUGGAACUGUCCAACCAAGUGGUAUUGAUCUUAAUGGGGCUUCGGCGCUCACUGCCUGGUCAAUUGUAUUAUAUCUGUUAUAAUUUAAUUUUUGUUUUGUUUUUGGCCUGUGAAGCCUGUAUCCAUAUUUUUUCAGGCUGCUUUGUUGUUUAUUGUCGUUUAAUUGUCACCCUCUGCCAAUCUCUGUUAACAGGGUGUUUGCCUUUGAGAAUUGUGUGAUGCUAUUUAAUAAUUAAUUUAACUGUCUAUUUUUCUUUCUUGUGCUUCCUGAUGUAAGAAGAAAAGAUUUUACCUCUUAAUGUCGUGUUUACUUUCAAUAAAUUUUAUUUUAUUCUUUUGUA